AUUUGGAUGACGUCACGGAUAUCAUCUGGUACAAGUAAAAUUUAGUCAAGGUUAAUUUCAAUUAUUUAUAUUUACUUUAUUAUCACACAGUUAAAGCUAUCACAACUUCGCACUGCACAAAGUCGACAAUUCAAUACUCCUACUCUCAACCAGUUUCCGCGGGUUAAAGCUAUUCAUGACUACAGUUUCCAGAAAUUCACAGCACGUGAGUGUAACAGCAGUCGAAUAUGUUCAGUCCACGACGAAUUCAUUCAUAUUUUAAAGUAUUUGAACCCUCGGAAAGGGUUAAGGAUUGUUGAACAGUGUUUAAAAUAAGUGUCAUCCGUGUUGUGAUACUUAAAACUGGUGCUAACGAGGAAUUGUGCGCUCUUGUAGCUAGAUACCUGUUAAAAUGUCAUCAGAAGUUCUGAAACCUGUGAGAUCGCAGCCUAGAAUUAGGAAAAUAAGUACUAUAAGCAGGACGGAAAGUGAAGUAGCAUGUGAAGAAGUAGCAAGACUUACAGCUGAACAAGAAGAGGGCGACUACGAUGCAGUAUCCUACUGCGAUUACCACGACCUACCCCAGCCCCCAGACGGAGGCUACGGUUGGGUUAUUGUCUUUGCAUCAUUCAUGUGUAACAUGAUUGUAGAUGGUAUCGCAUACACUUUCGGUAUAUUCCUAUCAGACAUGGUUUCGUAUUAUGGUGAAACGAAAGGUAAAACAGCAUGGGUGGGAUCUCUGCUAUCUGGGAUGUAUCUAGCAUGUGGCCCUAUAGUGAGUGCUCUAACGAAUAAAUUCGGCUGUCGAGCGGUUUGCAUUGCUGGCAGUUUGAUUUCGACAGCUUCUUUUGCACUCUGCAUAUUUAGUCCAACCGUGAACUGGUUGAUGUUAACAUAUGGAGUCUUCGGUGGCAUAGGUUUCGGCUUGAUAUACUUACCGGCUGUAGUAUGUGUAGGUUAUUAUUUUGAGACGAAGAGAUCUUUAGCUACUGGUAUUGCUGUAUGCGGUUCGGGUGUGGGUACUUUUGCUUUCGCCCCAUUGGCCACUAUGUUGUUAGAAUCAUAUGGAUGGAAAGGUGCUAAUCUAAUUCUCGCGGGUCUCAUUCUAAAUUGCGUUAUUUUUGGUGCUUUGAUGAGACCCCUAGAAUAUCCUAAAGAAACCUACGACAAACCACUUCUCCAAAGAAUGGCAGAAGAGAGACGAAUUCAGAUGGAAAGGGGGAGUAUAGGUGGAUCAUAUUUCAUGGUACAAUUACCAGAUGGAACCAUGGAGAAAAGAAUGAAACAACCUAUAAAUAUCGAUCCUGGUGUGCACUCGAGCUUGAAUCUAGAUCAGUUGGCUCCUGGAACUCCAAUUACACCAAUUCCUACUGUUCCAACGUUACCUACAAUAGCGGAGGUCAAAGUCACUGAUCACAGUGAGAGUUCAAAUAGUCCGAGCCCAAAAGAAAGUAGCAAUGAAAUAAGAGUAAAGAAAAACUCUAGAAUUGAAGAGAUUAGAAGCCAGGAAAAAAGACGGGAUUCUAGUGAUACAGAAAUAAAUUCAUCAAAAUUGCCUAGGAACGCUAGUCAGCCAGCUUUUACAACUCACGUUUCUUUACCCAAAAAUGGAUCUGUCCCAACUUUUGAUAGAAUGAGGAAGACUUCAGUUGGGGAGAGAUUCAAACCAAACCUUGCUCCUAUAAAGUCGAAUUCUAGAAGUAGCAUGAACUCCAAUGGGGACAUGAGGAGACUCAGGAACAGCUCAGCCGCCUCUUUUCUGAGCAGAAACAAUAAUAGCGAAGUAGACGUAGAGAGUCUAGUACAUAAUUCUAGGUUAUCCUUGUCAAGAGAAAAAAGCAAUAUGGUCCGACCUCUUUCGAGAAAAGACAUCUUUUAUUCUAGAUCAGUAGUCAAUCUUCCUGAAUUUCAAACUCAAAAAUCUCUCACAAACUAUAGGCAGAGUAUAUUGAGCAUUCCAAGAGCUAGAACUGAAAUGUCAGAAGGAGAUCCUGCUGACCUUUGUCCAUGCUUAGCUUUACCAGAAAGUUUCAAGUCUGCUCUGUCCCAAAUGAUGGAUGUCAGUUUGCUCAAAGAUCCAGUGUUCACCUUUAUAGGAAUAUCUAAUUUCUUUGGUAUGGCAGGAUUGUACGUUCCAUUUGUAUAUCUGGUUGACUGUGCAAAAGAAAAGGGUAUUGAUCCAGGCCAAGCUUCAUUUUUGAUAUCAAUUAUUGGUAUAACCAACACCAUUGGUCGUGUUGCAUGUGGAUAUUUUGCUGAUUUCCCACAAGUUGAUGCUCUAUUUGUAAAUAAUAUAUGCCUGAUAAUUUCCACAAUUUCUGUUGCUAUGGUACCUCUUUGUGCAACAUACUAUUCCUAUGUGGCCGUCGCAGUUUUCUUUGGAAUAGCAGUUUCUGGUUAUAUCUCUUUAACAUCAAUCAUAUUGGUUGACUUACUAGGGCUUGAUAAAUUGACUAACGCAUUUGGUUUGCUGAUACUUUUCCGUGGUGCAGCCGCCAUUGUCGGUUCUCCAUUGGCUGGUGCCUUAUUAGAUGCAACCAAAGGUUACGAAGUGCCAUUUUAUGUUGCUGGUGGACUUUUCGCAAUAUCAGCUGUAACUAGUUUCAUAGCACCGUGUUUGAAACGCUUUGUUCCAGAAAAUUCACAACAAGUGGACGAAGGGGAUGCGCUGACCCCAAUUGAUGAGGAUGAUGAAGAAGAUGAGCCAAUAACAAUGGCAAGAACGGGUAGAGAAAACAGUGUUCCUAUGCCGAAAAUCAUAGAAACAGCUUCCAGUCCAAUAAGUCCUAAUGAAAAAGAAAUAAAACAAAUCGAAUCUGUUUUGUAGGCCUACUUAUCAAUUUGAGUUCAAAGUGUAAUUUUCCAACUUAUGCUUUCAGCAUUGAAUAUUGAGAUUUACUCAUUUGCCUCUGUACAUAAAUUUCAUUAGUCAGUGUGAGUCUUUAGAAAAUGAUUUUUCAAUUUUUCUAUUCUUUAAUGACAUUUUUCGUCAUACUCUGUGUAAACAUGUAGUUACUUACAAUUAAUUUUACGUGAUUUUUAUUGUAUGAACUAAUAUAUUCUGUUUUAUGUGAUUAAUACAGUAUUUAAACAUCA